AUGCUUGCGCCCCGUACCCCUAGUGCAUUUGUGUGCCUCCGAUGUGAAGCGCAAAUUACCCGGCGGCGACUUCCUGCCUUUGCUCGUCCACGAUCCCACGCCAAGUUUUCCGCAUCUACUCGCCGCCACGAUGAUGCCGAAGAGCUGGCGGUGCCGUCGCAGGCGCAACAACCAAAGCUGAAGAUCACAAGAGAAGUGACGCCCUUGAACCGACUAAGGAGAAAGAAGGGGGGUAGAGUCAUACGAGAGACAGCAAAUUUGGGCGUGAAGCGAUUGGGCGACGAUGCCGAUAUUUUGGUUCUGAGGGAAAUCGCAGAACUGACACCAGAGAAAGCCGCCGAAAACCCUGAAGAGCCUGAAAAGACCGUAUCCUCCGAAGCUCCUGAAAUCCCAGACAUAGUCGCCUCGCUGCAGGAGGAAGGGAAGGCCGUCACGCCGGAAGAGAUAUACGAGCAGAUCGAAACCUUGCGGCCGAAAAAUGAUAGCGGCCUCGAUGAGCCGCAUUAUGUCAAGCAAACGACCUUUGUCAAGCUUAGGAAAACACUCAUGAAUGGUUUCACACAUCAGCAGUUAAUAGCAUUCUAUUCGGUCGCUAAGAACAUACGGAAAGAGAAAGUGAAACAGGGUGUCAUAAACAGCAUCAAACAGAAGCCAGGAUCAGGAGACCAGGAUCGGUCUGUAGAGCGCUCUGAGUGGCAGCCUGGUACCACGGAUAUCACCCAGCGCUUGCCUGGCGUCGAUCGUCAUGUCAAAAUCAAACGUUACCGUAAAAAUGUCAGCAAACAGCUGCUCGUUGAUCGCAUACUGAGGGACGUCUGGAAUCUCAUGCUCUUGGAAGAGAUAGAGUCGCCUGGAGAGCUUGAGCUUUCCCUGCAAUCAUGGCAGUUGGCGCUCCUGAAGGCUGGCGAAAAGGAAACACUGUUGGACAAGAUUCGACGGACCCGGCGAGCAAGACUCGAUGUAUACAAACAGCACGGCAUCCUUCGCAUCACAGCAGAUAAGACCACAGCCGAGUACGCUGCCGACGAUAUCGAAGAAGCUCUUCAACGCACGGAGAUGAAGGGGAUGAACUUGAGCAGCUAUCUGCAUCAGAGUGCCAACAUCGAUGUUACAUCGAACCCCAAACCAAAUUUGGUUUCGUUGUUCUAUACACAGAAAGACUUCGAUAUUGUCUCGAUGCUGACUCGUACGAGUAUCGAAGCUGUCGGCAAGACCAUGUUAACGAUCAGAGGCUUCGACAAGAACUCUAUAGACGAAGCGAAACGAACACUGAUCCGCUUCCUGCCUUUCGAAGAGCCAGUUACACGUACUUUUGAUACGCAGCAAUUGGGAAAUGACGAUAGCGCAGCAUUCUUAUUGCCAGUGUUCCCAGCAGACAGUUCUGUAGAGUACAAGUACCGCAGAGGAGAUUUAGGACGUCUAUCGAUACCUAUCGUACGCCUCACGGAACCUGAAUAUGUUGAUUCUGAGGCCGAGAAACUUGCGAAAGCCCCGAAGACAGCAUUGCACGCUCUAGUGAAUCGCACUACGGCGACCGUACUACGAUCUGCCUCUGAUGUGUCACUGCCUACACAUGAGCUUAACCAUUGGAUCCCGGAACCGACAUAUAAGCUCUCUGCUGAAUUUGGUCAGGUAUUGUUUCCCCUGAAAGAUGCAGACUCCAAACGAGUAGUAGAAGCAGCGCUCGCCCAACCAUCUCAGUCGCCUUUUCUGCCGACAAUCCCUGGCUUAAAUAACCUCCUUGCCUCACCCAAUCUGACAGCUACUGCGCGCUUGCAAACGCCAUCUUUACACUACCAAUUCAGACCUGAUCUCUCGAACGCGUCUGGCCAAUUGUUCCCCAGUCUCAACGUACAGAUGCGUACCGGCCGGAGUGGCGCCAGAGCAACUCUUCACAAAAUGACACUCAGCUUCCAGCAACACGUCCACGAUGUUCUGCUCCCUGAUAGAGCAUCAGAUGUACGAUUCUAUCGCCGUGGAAGUCUGCACUUCAGCGUCAAGGACCACAACGACGAGGACGUACAGGCAUGGGUCUAUGCUGUGGUAGAGAACAUUGAGAGUGGCGGCCGCCUCACCGCUCCACCCCUUCGCAUCGAAAUUCCCGAGUGGACUAUACCAGGAGUUUCGAGUGAGGAAAAGGGGACACGCAAUGUCACAUACCACUUCUCUGGUGUCCAAUUUCGGCAAUCUGUCACCGGAAACUUGUUCGGUGAAGAUAUCUCAUAUAGCACAGUGCAGUCUGGCAAAUUUGGCGCAAAGGGCGGUGUACUCACGGCACAUUACAACGGCCAUGGCGAUAGAGAAUUGCGCAAUGAAGUCACCGUCAAAGCUUUUGUGGAAAACUGUUUGGAUAUGGUAGACCUGAUUACCGAUGCCAGCAUGCAGACACUGCCUGUGUCUAGACAGCUUCGCCCACGGUAUGGGAAUAGUGAACGCAAGGCGAAGCGGAGCGAGAUGUCGGCUAGUGAAUCUCAAGCUGCCCACGAAAACGUUGAACUGGCAAAUGGUGUUCUUGAGCCUUUUGGGCAGCAUCCUCACCAUAAGGACGAUAUUAAGGUUGAAGAGGAUAUGGAGGCUGAUGCAAAGGUGGUAGAGGGUCAGCCUGCAGAUGUGAAACAGGAGUCACGAUCUGACGACCCACGUGCGGAAAGACAAAACGAUACUACCCGCACUUUGUAA